ACCCUUGCGUCGCCAACCAAACUAUUUCUUCGACCUCCAAAGUAGAAUAAAAAUGGUAACUGCAUCGAUAGGAGGAGCGGCUGUUGCUGCUGCUGCUUAUGCUGGUAGAUACAGCAUUAAGGCUUGGCAAGCAUUCAAAGCAAGACCGCCUACAGCUAGACUCCGUAAAUUUUAUGAAGGUGGUUUUCAACCUACUAUGACCCGGAGGGAAGCAGCUCUAAUACUUGGAGUCAGGGAGAGUGUUCCCAUAACCAAGGUCAGGGAAGCCCAUAGGAGGGUGAUGGUCGCUAACCAUCCAGAUGCAGGAGGUAGCCAUUUCCUAGCAUCUAAAAUUAACGAAGCCAGAGAUACUUUACAUGGAAAAACCAGGGGCUGCAGCUCUGAAUUUUGAUGGUACUGGCUAGUGCUAACGCUCCAAGGGAUUCAGGCUUAGUUCUCAACAUUUGAGUUUUACGAGUAUCAUCUCUGUUUCCCAUUGACGAUUUAUGGUGAUCAGUGGGGAGUUUCUGUGGAAACAAAUUCAUAUUAUGAGGAUCCUAUAGCUGGACCACGUAUUGGCAGAAGCCUUGUACUCUUAAUU